AUGAUCUACCAAACGGGUGCUCUGGGCGAGGAUGGCAUCCAUCUCGACAUGAACCACCUCAAGUCCGGCGAGGUCAAUCUCGGCACAUCCAUCAUGGCCAUCAACUUCCGCGACGGUGUCAUCCUGGGCGCCGACAGCCGCACGACCACCGGCGCAUACAUCGCGAACCGUGUCACCGACAAGCUCACACAAGUCCACGACACCAUCUGGUGUUGCCGGUCAGGCUCUGCCGCCGACACUCAAGCCGUCGCCGACAUCGUCCAGUACCAUCUCGGCAUGUACGGCAUCACCAACGACGAGCCACCGACCACCCAGACCGCCGCUGCACUGUUCCAAGAGCUGUGUUACGAGAACAAGGAUAUGUUGAGCGCGGGCAUCAUCAUCGCGGGAUGGGAUCAGAGACAUGGCGGACAAGUCUACUCGAUCCCACUGGGCGGCUCUCUGCACAAGCAAGCGUACUCGAUUGGCGGCUCAGGUUCGACGUACAUCUACGGAUACUGCGACGCGAACUGGAAGGAGGACAUGACCGAGGCGGAGGGCAUCAGCUUCGUCAAGGGAGCACUGCAAGAGGCGAUCAAGUGGGAUGGCAGCUCAGGAGGCGUGAUUCGGAUGGUCGUGCUCACCAAGAGUGGUGCGGUACGGCAUCUGUACCUGCCCGAUCGAAACUACGAGGGGCCAGGCACUGAGAAGCCUUAA